AUGCGUAUUGUAGGAUUGUUUUCUUUUUCUUUUCUCUCUCUCUCUCUCUCUAGUCAUAUUUUUUAUCAACGUUUUUCAUUUUCCCUUAACGAAUUGCAUAAGAAAUAUUCAUUCUUUGUCAUUUUUUUUCAUUCAUUUGCUUUCUUUAGAAUUUCACCCUUUCCUUUCUGUUCACUCUUUUCCCAUUUAUUCAUUGUAUUCCCUUUCUUUCGCAAAUGCAAUCUGAAACGCUUUUUUCCCCUCAAAAGCAUUCCUGCAUUUUCUUAUUCUCUUUCCUGGCACCGACUCUCUCUCUCUCUCUCUCUCUCUGCUUAUUCUUUCUCUUCAUUACUAACUUACACAUAUUUUAAUGCUUUCGAUAUUCUCCUCAUGAAGCAUAUUCCGCGAUCACUCGGAUUAUUCCUCAUUCGCUCUCUUUCACUUUGUAUUCUUUUCUGUUUUUCGCUUCCUCCCUCAUUGAUUCAUCCGUUUAUCUCCCUCUUAUUUGUUUUUUUUCUCUUCCUUUUUUUCUAUCUAUCUCCAUUUGUUUUUAUUUACAUUUUGCAUUUUUAUAAAGAAUUAAUUCAAUUUUAUGUCCUGUUUUUCGUCCAUACACAUUCAUUUUGCUUUCUUGUUCACUCUAUCAUUUUUUCUGGCAAAUCUAUCUAUCUAUCUAUCUAUCUAUCUAUCUAUCUAUCUAUCUAUCUAUCUAUCUAUCUAUCUAUCUAUCUUCGUCCGUUCAUAGCCGGAGAGUUUAUGUAG